GGCGGGCCACGGCUGUGCGGGCCGCGGCGUGGGAGCCCGGGUGAGCCCGGCAGGAGCCGUCGGGCGCCUGGCGAUCCCCCCCACCCCCCACCGCCCCGCGGCGAUCGCAGUGUGCUGCGAGGCGGUGGGCACGGAGGCGGAGCGGGAGGGGGCAUGCUUGGCUGCUGCGAGGCCUCCGGGCGCGCCCGGGCCGCCGUCCCCACCUCCGCCUCCUCCUUCUCCUCCUCCGUCUCCACCUCCUCUUCCAGUCCCGCCGCCGCCGCCGCCGCCGCUGCCGCCGCAGCCAACAUGGCUGCGCCCCGGAGUCCGGGAGGCGGCCGCUGAGAACUGCCCGAUCCUUCGGGCCCAAGGCUCGCAGGCCCCAGCCCAUGGGCCCCGCCGCCUCGCGGCUCCGGGUGCGUUAGGCUGCCGCCCAGCUCGGCGUGCAGCCCGCCGGCCUCAGGGAGCCCCGGCGCCGUCCGGCGGGGCGGGGCGGGGCGGCGCGGCGCGGGCCGCCACCAUGGAGCCGCAGCGCCGGGAGCUGCUCGCCCAGUGUCAGCAGAGCCUGGCCCAGGCCAUGACCGAGGUGGAGGCGGUGCUCGGGCUGCUGGAGGCCGCGGGAGCGCUGAGUCCGGGCGAGCGGCGGCAGCUGGACGAGGAGGCUGGAGGCGCCAAGGCGGAGCUGUUGCUCCAGCUGCUCUUAGCCAAGGAGCAGGACCACUUCCAGGACCUGCGCGCCGCGCUGGAGAAGACACAGCCUCACCUGCUGCCCAUUCUCUACCUGAACGGCGUCGUCGGGCCGCCGCAGUCCGCAGAUGGUGCGGGCUCCACCUACAGUGUCCUGUCCAUCAUGCCCUCAGACUCAGAGAGCAGCAGCUCCCUCAGCAGUGUGGGAACUACUGGGAAGGCACCGUCCCCGCCACCCCUCCUCACUGAGCAGCAGGUCAAUGACAAGGUGGAGAACCUCUCCAUUCAGCUACGGCUGAUGACCCGUGAGAGGAACGAGCUACGCAAGCGCCUGGCCUUCGCCACCCAUGGAGCCACCUUUGACAAGAGGCCCUACCACAGGCUGAAUCCUGAUUAUGAGAGGCUAAAGAUCCAGUGUGUGCGGGCCAUGUCGGACCUGCAGAGUUUACAGAACCAGCACACCAACGCCUUGAAGAGGUGCGAGGAGGUGGCCAAGGAGACAGACUUCUAUCACACCCUCCACAGCCGGCUCCUGAGUGACCAGACUCAGCUGAAGGACGACGUGGACAUGCUGAGACGGGAGAAUGGGAAGCUGCUGCGUGAGCGGAAUCUUCUGCAGCAGUCCUGGGAGGACAUGAAACGGCUCAGAGAGGAGGACCAGAAGGAGAUCGGUGACCUCCGGGCCCAGCAGCAGCAGGUGCUGAAGCACAAUGGUUCGUCAGAGAUCCUCAACAAGCUGUAUGACACGGCCAUGGACAAGCUGGAAGUGGUUAAGAAGGACUACGAUGCCCUGCGGAAGAGGUACAGCGAAAAGGUCGCCAUGCACAACUCAGACCUGAGCCGCCUGGAGCAGCUGGGCGAGGAGAACCAGCGCCUGCAAAAGCAGACGGAGAUGUUGACCCAGCAGAGGGACACAGCCAUCCAGUUGCAGCACCAGUGUGCCCUCUCUCUGAGGAGGUUUGAGACAAUCCACCACGAGCUGAGCAAGGCCACAGCCCAGAACAAGGACCUACAGUGGGAGAUGGAGCUGCUGCAGUCUGAGCUGACGGAGCUGAGAAGCAAGCAGGUGAAAACCGCCAAGGAGUCUGAGAAGUACAAGGAGGAGCGUGACGCUGUGUACAGCGAGUAUAAGCUCAUCAUGAGCGAACGCGACCAGGUCAUCUCCGAGCUGGACAAGCUGCAGACAGAGGUGGAGCUGGCGGAGUCCAAGCUCAAGAGCAGCACGUCCGAGAAGAAGGCAGCCAGCGAGGAGAUGGAGGCCCUGCGACAGAUCAAAGACACAGUGACCAUGGAUGCUGGGAGAGCCAACAAAGAGGUGGAAAUCCUCCGAAAGCAGUGCAAGGCAUUGUGCCAGGAGCUGAAGGAAGCCCUCCAGGAAGCAGACGUGGCCAAGUGCCGGCGGGACUGGGCCUUUCAGGAGCGGGACAAAAUUGUGGCAGAGCGUGACAGCAUCCGGACCCUGUGUGACAAUCUGAGGCGAGAGCGGGAUCGGGCUGUGAGUGAGCUGGCUGAAGCCCUUCGUAGCCUGGAUGACACCCGGAAGCAGAAGAAUGAUGUCAGCCGUGAACUUAAGGAACUCAAGGAGCAGAUGGAAUGCCAGCUGGAGAAGGAGGCCCGGUUCCGGCAGCUGAUGGCCCACAGUUCCCAUGAUUCAGCCAUCGACACAGAUUCCAUGGAGUGGGAAACAGAAGUUGUGGAGUUUGAGAGAGAGACGGAGGACGUUGAUCUGAAAGCGCUUGGCUUUGACAUGGCGGAAGGCGUGAACGAGCCUUGCUUCCCUGGGGACUGUGGCAUAUUUGUUACUAAAGUGGACAAAGGAAGCAUCGCUGAUGGUCGCUUAAGGGUCAACGACUGGCUGCUGAGAAUUAAUGACGUGGAUCUCAUCAACAAGGACAAGAAGCAGGCCAUCAAGGCACUCCUCAAUGGAGAGGGAGCCAUCAACAUGGUCGUGAGGCGGAGGAAGUCCCUGGGUGGGAAGGUCGUCACCCCUCUGCACAUCAACCUUAGCGGACAGAAAGACAGUGGCAUCAGUUUGGAGAAUGGAGUGUACGCUGCUGCUGUGGUACCCGGAAGCCCUGCCGCCAAAGAGGGGUCUCUCGCCGUGGGAGACAGGAUUGUUGCGAUCAAUGGUAUUGCACUGGACAAUAAAUCUCUGAAUGAAUGUGAAUCUCUGCUGCGGACCUGUCAGGACACCUUAACCCUCUCCCUCCUGAAGGUGUUCCCCCAGAGCUCCUCGUGGAGUGGCCAGAACAUCUUUGAAAAUAUCAAGGACUCAGAUAAGAUGCUGAGUUGUCGCGCCCACGGCCCAGAGGUCCAGGCACAUAACAAACGGAACUUGUUACAGCACAAUAACUCCACGCAGACGGACAUCUUCUACGCAGAUCGGCUGGAGGACAGGAAGGAGCCGGGCCCCCCUGGAGGCAGUAGUUCUUUUCUGCACAAGCCUUUCCCUGGAGCCUCCUCUCCGGCCUCCCCGCAGGCCUGUCCUAGCACCUCUGAGCGUAGUCUGAACUCAUUCCGCUCCGACGCCUCUGCCGAACGUGGCUACGGGCUGGUGGACGUGCAGAGCCAGCGGCCACUGCUGUCUUUUGAGACUGAAGUGGGCCCCUGUGGGGUAGGAGAGGCUCCCCUGGACAAGGCCGAGCCUGAUGGCUCCAACAGUGGGGGGACCUGGCCCAAGGCUGUGCUUGGCUCCACAUCGGGGCCUGAGAAGCUCUCCGUGUACAAGAAGCCCAAGCAAAGGAAGUCCAUCUUUGACCCAAACACUUUCAAGCGCCCACAGACGCCCCCCAAAAUAGACUACCUGCUUUCAGGCCCUGGGCUUGCUCACUCCCCCCAGCCCUCCAAGAGGGUAGGGUCUCUGACGCCCCCGAAGCCCCCCAGGAGAAGUGACUCUGUCAAGUUCCAGCACAGGCUGGAGACCAGUUCUGAGUCAGAGGCCACUUUGGUGGGCAGCUCACCUUCCACCAGCCCUCCAAGUGCCCCACCCCCCAGCAUGGACCCCGAGGAACCCAUGCAUGCUUCACCCACUCGCAAGGCCAGGGUCCGCAUCGCCUCCAGCUACCACACUGAAGGGGAUGGAGACACCUCCUACCUGCCCGCCAAAAAAUCCUGUGAUGAGGACCUCACCUCCCAGAAAGUGGACGAGCUGGGGCAGAAGCGGCGUAGGCCAAAGUCUGCCCCUAGUUUUCGGCCCAAGAUCUCUCCAGUAGUGAUCCCUGCUCAGUGCCUGGAGGAACAGGAGUGUGUUCCAGCCGGCGGAGAGCUCUCCCCAGAGGUCCAGGAAUGGUCCCCGUACUCACCAGGGCAUGCCAGCCGUCAUGGCAACCCCCCACUCUACCCCAAUCGGCCGUCUGUGGGCACCGUUCCCCGGAGUAUGACUCCCAGCACCACUGUGAGCUCCAUUCUUCGGAACCCCAUCUAUACUGUGCGCAGCCACAGGGUGGUCCCCUGCGGCUCUCCACCCGUGUCCCGUGAUGCCGGCCCCCAGGGCUUGUCUCCCAGUGUCCAGCACCAGGGACGCCUCAGCCUGGACCUGAGUCCCAGGGCCUGCAGCGACUACCCCGACAUGAGAGCCUCCCAGGGUUCCAACUCCCUGCCCUCCAGUGCCCGUCUUGGGUCUUCCAGUAACCUGCAGUUCAAGGCAGAGCGGAUUAAGAUCCCAUUAACACCAAGAUAUCCCCGGUCUGUCAUGGGCUCCGACAGAGGUUCAUUGUCACAUUCUGAAUGCAGCACUCCUCCCCGGUCCCCGCUGAACGUCGACACCCUGUCCUCCUGUAGCCAGCCCCAGACCUCAGCCUCCACAUUGCCCAGAAUUGCUGUCAACCCCACUUCCCAUGGGGAGCGGAGAAAGGACAGACCUUACCUGGAGGAGCCCCGCCACGUGAAGGUGCAGAAGGGUUCAGAGCCUUUGGGAAUCUCCAUCGUGAGUGGAGAGAAGGGUGGUAUCUAUGUCUCCAAGGUGACCAUAGGGAGCAUCGCACACCAGGCCGGCCUUGAGUAUGGGGACCAGUUACUUGAGUUCAAUGGGAUAAACCUGAGGAGUGCCACCGAGCAGCAGGCCCGGCUAAUCAUCGGACAGCAGUGUGAUACCAUCACCAUCCUGGCCCAGUACAACCCACACAUUCACCAGCUCAGCAGUCACUCCCGCUCCAGCUCCCACCUGGACCCCGCUGCCACCCCCCACUCCGCUCUCCAGGGCAGCAGUGCUGUGACCCCAGAACAUCCCUCUGCCAUUGACCCACUGAUGGAACAGGAUGAAGGCCCUGGCACACCCCCAGCCAAGCAAAGCACCCCCAACUCCAGGAUUGUGGGAGAUACCAGCAAGAAGACCUCUGAACCCCGCAUCGUUUUCAUCAAGAAAUCCCAGUUGGAUCUGGGGGUGCACUUGUGUGGUGGGAACCUGCACGGGGUGUUUGUGGCUGAGGUGGAAGACGACAGUCCUGCCAAGGGUCCCGAUGGCCUCGUGCCAGGGGACCUCAUCCUUGAGUAUGGCAACCUGGAUGUGCGCAGCAGGACAGUGGAGGACGUCUAUGUGGAGAUGCUGAAACCGAAGGAUCACAUCCGCCUGAAGGUGCAGCACCGCCACGAGGAGUUCAGCAGAGUCAAGGGCCUGCCUGGGGACAGCUUCUACAUCAGGGCCCUGUAUGACCGUCUGGCAGAAGUGGAGCCUGAACUGAGUUUUAAGAAAGACGACAUCCUGUAUGUGGAUGACACAUUGCCCCAGGGCAUGUUUGGGUCCUGGAUGGCUUGGCAGCUGGAUGAGAAUGCCCAGAAGAUCCAGCGUGGGCAGAUUCCCAGCAAAUAUGUGAUGGACCAGGAGUUCUCAAGGAGGCUCAGCAUGUCCGAGGUCAAAGACGACAACACAGCAAAGACGCUGUCGGCAGCUGCACGUCGGUCCUUCUUCCGAAGGAAACAUAAACACAAACGCAGUGGGUCCAAAGACGGCAAGGACCUGCUCGCCCUGGACACCUUUUCCAGUGACUCCAUUCCGCUCUUCGAAGACUCGGUGAGCCUGGCCUAUCAGCGGGUCCAGAAAGUGGACUGUACCUCUCUGCGGCCUGUCCUCAUCCUGGGGCCUUUUCUGGAUGUGGUGAAAGAGAUGCUGGUAAAUGAAGCACCUGGCAAGUUCUGCAGAUGCCCGCUUGAGGUGAUGAAGGCCUCCCAGCAAGCCAUUGAGCGGGGCGUCAAAGACUGCCUGUUUGUGGACUACAAGCGGAGGAGUGGCCAUUUCGAUGUUACCACCGUGGCUUCGAUAAAGGAGAUCACAGAAAAGAACCGGCACUGUCUUCUGGACAUCGCCCCGCAUGCCAUUGAGAGGCUGCAUCACAUGCACAUCUACCCCAUUGUCAUCUUCAUCCGCUACAAGAGCGCCAAGCACAUCAAGGAGCAGAGAGACCCUGUCUACCUGAGGGACAAGGUGACGCAGAGGCAUUCCAAAGAGCAAUUUGAGACGGCGCAAAGGAUCGAUCAAGAGUACAGCAGGUACUUCACAGGGGUUGUCCAAGGUGGAGCCCUCUCUGGCAUUUGCACUCAGAUCCUGGCAAUGGUCAAUGAAGAACAAAGUAAAGUCCUGUGGAUCCCCGCUUGCCCACCCUAGCCGAAAGCUGUACCAGAUGCACCUCCAUGACCAGAUGGUGGGGAGAGCUGGCUGGCCCUUUUCUAGACACUAGAGGUCUGUCUGUCUGUGGACAAGGUGGGAAGGACCUGGAAUCGGGACUCUAAGAGCACCUCCUUUGUAGACGGAGAGCCACCAAGAUUUGGCCCAGCUGGUGGAUGGCACUACUCACACAUCCACUUUGAAACAAACAAACAAACAAACAAAAAACCAGAAACACGAAAGACUUGAUCCUCCCGCAGCCAGCCGAGCAGAGGUGCUGUGCCCAGGACCUACCUUGCUGAUCACAAGUUUACAAGCCUUUUCUAAGUAUUUGGUUGUCUAUGUUUACUUGAAUGGCUCCAUGUCGUCGGUGCCCAGCCCCUGAUCCCCACCCCUCUGUCACUCUCUGUUGGUUUGAUGUUCCUGUCUUGGGCAGGACAAUUCUGGAACCUCGUUCAGGGGGAGCUGCUUUGCUACAGGAGGUUCCUGUCAGUGGGACCAGAGCUUUGGCAGACUUCCUGCUCCUCAGUGGCCCCUCUCCUGGAAGACAUCACAACUGCAGGUGCUCAGACCAUUGUUGGUACCAGAACCAGUGCCUUGGUGGGCCAACUGGCCAUGGCAGCACUUUCCUCCUACACCUGGAAGGCAGCUUUGGCCUUCUUGCAGAUUCACCUCUUGGCCUUUCUCCUGCCUUCCUGGCCUCUUGUCUCUUCUCCGGCUGCGUUUGUAUCUAAGCAUCACGUCCAGUCCAUCAGGGCUUCAUGGUUCCUCGGUUGGGUCCUCAGCAGGGGCCACAGCCAUGCCAUUGGUUCCCGUAGGCUCUGAGAUGCCCGGCAGCCUUGGUUGGCACAAGGGUGCAGGGUAACCCUUACACUGGCACAAGUGUACCAGCCCUUUCUGCCAUGAAACUCAGACUUUGAAAUAAGGGCUUGUAGUGAGUAUAAUGAUUAGACUCAUCUAUUGAAAGGGUAAGAAGGAAACCUGAGCGUUUUUCCAUCUUGGUUGCGACAACAUUCUCAGCCUGACUCCACGAGGAUGUCUCCAUUCUUUGUUGGGUUUCUUUUUCUUUCUUUCUUUUAAACCCAUCUCCACCCCCACCCCACUCCCCACCCCCGCACUUCUGAUGCCAGAUCUAUCUGCUAAAGAGCUGAUGCGGUCCCUUCUUCAACUGUGUGUCCUCUUAAUAGGUACUGUACUGGGUUCUGUGUGUCAUUGGGGUAGGACCUAUAUUUUAAUACUGUUCCUAACAUUUCAUUUUACUAGCAAGAAAUCUUUGAUUUCAUUUUAUUCUUUGUAAUUCUAGAUUAGAUUGUAGUUUAGCCAUUAUUGACAAUUUUUUUUAAAGGGAUAUAUUUUCUUGCACAGCUGUUUAAAAAGAGAGAGUCCCAGCCCUCAAGGCUGUUCUGUGCCUUCCAGGCACACCUUUUCUAGCUCAGACAACUGAGAGGCACUGCCUCUCAAGGUCUAACUCGCACAGUUGCGGGACAAGGUCUAUUUCCCUGGUCAUACAUAGGCCCAGUUCCGCUGUCAGCGGACAGGCAGGUAUGGAUCUGACAGGUGGGACAUGCUGUACUAAAAUGUUACUUUGUAUCAAAAACAAACCAGACUUCAGUACGACAAAUAAAGGUCAGUUUGUGUAACCU